ACGAGCAUCAUGCCUCGAGGAUUCCUGGUGAAGAGGACCCGGCGAUGUUCGGCGUCGUACCGAGCGCGGAGCGGCGCUCGACUUGCCACGCGUGACGCUGACAAGAAGCACCGCGGGGAGGCUGAGGUGAGCGAGCGCGAGCCCGUCAAGGAGAGCGACGUGUGGGGCGUCCCGAGCCCCGACGUCGCGCCCCCGCCGGCGCCCCGCGAGGACGCCGUCGGCGUCGCCGAGGCGUGGAACCUUCAAGUGGAGUCCGCGCAAGAGGCGGAGGCGGACCGACGCGCGCAGUUGCCGGACUCCGACGUGGACGUCGUGACUCCCGCGGGGGACCUCUCGUGCCUCUUCCCGCCUCCGCCUCGGGUCUCGGCGGCCCACAGCUCCAGACUUGUGGGGCUCCACGGCGAGGGGGAGAAGACGGCGUUAUUUCCCGAGACCUGCCUGUCCCCGUCCCCGGAGACCGAGUUGCCGUUUUUGCCAACGUCCGUGCGGGUAGCGUCCGCCGACGCGCACUUUUCUUCUUACGGUCCCAAUCCGAAAUACCAGGCCGACGUGGGGCACUUGUUCCCGGCGCUAAUUAGCCACGAACACCGCGCGGCCGCGAGAAAACGCUCGCACCCGGAGUCGGGCAGGCACAACAGAGCCAAAGCCAAAGUGACCCGGAAGCUGACUUUCGAGGACGAGGUCACCACCUCUCCGGUUUUAGGUCUGCGCAUCAAGAAGGAGAGCCCGGAGACGGCGAGGCGGCAACACCGCGACAAGUCGUCCGGAAGUCAGCCGCUGGGGGAGUUCAUCUGCCAGCUGUGUAAGGAGGAGUACGCCGACCCCCUCUCCCUGGCCCAGCACAAGUGCUCCCGUAUCGUGCGAGUCGAGUACCGCUGCCCCGAGUGCGACAAAGUCUUCAGCUGUCCCGCCAAUCUCGCCUCGCACCGCCGCUGGCACAAGCCGCGACCGGCGGCGGCGGCGGCAACGGCGACGGCGACGACGGCGGCGGCGGCGAGUCAGCUGCGAGCGGACGGGAAGGAGAACGAGUUGCUGACCCCCGACUCCUCCUCGCCUCAUUACCCGCACGACAGCCCCCCGCCGCCGGGUCUGCUUCUGUUCCACGGCAACUCAUACGAGCCUCGACCGUUCGUCCAAGUGGAAGAAGAGGGAGCGGAGGUGUACGACUGCCGCUACUGCGGCAAGAAGUUCCGCCGACAAGCUUACCUGAAGAAGCACAUGGCGGCGCACGAAAUGGCAGCGGGGCCGCCGCCGCCCACUUCGAGCCGCCACGUCGUGUUCGUGUGUCACCUGUGCGGCGCCCGCUUCCCGUCGGCCGACAUACGGGACAAGCACCGAGUGUGGCACGCAGUGAGGGACGAGCUCCUGCAAGGCGGUGGCGGAGGAGGAGGAGGAGGCCUCGGGUUCAGGGCGGAGGGAUACGCGGUGGGCAGGGAGUGCGAGCAGCAACUGCUAACGUGCAAACACUGCCCGGCCACCUUCCUCAGUUCUCCGGGGCUGGCGAGGCACAUGAACAAGUCUCAUCCCGGAGAGAACAUGCGCGUCAUCAUGCACAUGGCCGUCACACACUGACACCAGAGCGGCUCUCACUCACCCGUCACCGGACGCAACAUUAGAUCCAGGUGAAGAACCGCACCGGCAAAGUGUCCUCUCCAAAAUAAUAAUGCUCAAAGUGGUCAGAGAGGUUCUCAUCUGGCGCGUUCAUUCGUUCGGUGAGUCAUUUGCAGUACACUGGGAGCUUUUUCUUUCAAAAUAGUGUCGUGAAACGCACGCGUGGGAUCGGCGCUGCACUCUCCGAGGUGCUGAAAGUGUAACAGAGGCAGAGAGGACUUUCACCAAGAGAUGCAUCUGGAAAAAAAAAUGUCAUAAGAAAAAUAGAAAACAAAUGUCUGAACUUCAUUCAUGUUUACAUAAUCAUGACUACCACGGUUAGGAUUUUUUUUUUGGUUUAGGUUUGCUGUCGAAUAGAUAUAUCCAUUUGUAUUGACGCAAUGUUUUGUUUCACCCUUGUAUUAUGUACUAUCCCUAUUAAACAGGGCACAUGAUUAGACAGCAGAUAUUCAGGUUAUUCCGCUUUUACUUUACUUGUGAGACUCACACAAUUAAUGCCUGUCCAAGAUGUUUUAUAGACUUUUUCACAGUAUAUACCCCAGGAUGGAAAUAAGUGAUGACACUAUUGCCGUAAUAUGCCUUUUAUAUUACGUGCAAAUUGACUUGGGCAUCAAAUAUUUUCAUACAGAAAUGAAAGAAUUAACUAAGUCCUAUAGUACAAUGUCUUUAAGGGGUAUAAAGUUCUGUUGAAAUAUCUGCUGAAAGAAUUUUGGAAGCUCAAUAUGUGAUUUAAUGCAGUGCGUCUAUUUUGAUAUGUUUCAUGUGACAUAAGUGUCAAUAAAUAUAGAUGAUGAA